AUGGAACCCCUUGUGCAGCGCAAACGCAAUCAUGGAGAUGGUCUUUUUGCAUACUACAAACCAACUUCUGCCCCAACAGCAACACGCGAGGUUCUGAUGAAAAAAUGCGAUAGGUUGUUGCAUGAAAAAUUUGGCCACUCGGAUUACAAAGGGAAGCAGAAAGAAAUCAUCGAAGCCGCAAUAUCAGGGUUGGACGUAUUUGUCCUUGCACCGACAGGCAUGGGAAAGAGCCUAUGCUUCCAAUUGCCAUCUAUCGCAUCAGAGUACGGGUUGUCCGUCGUGGUAUCUCCUCUGCUAGCGCUCAUGAAGAACCGCAAUCUCCGUGAAAAAGGCGUCUCCGCUGUCUCUCUGACUUCGGAUACGGGCAAAAAAGAUAAGGCAAAGAUUUUCGCCGAUCUAUCCUCUCCAAGGCCGAGGAUUCGCCUGCUGUACAGUAUGUCCGCUAACGUAUUGGCUCAGCACACGCUAAAAAUGCCUAAAGCUACCCCGGAAAGGCUCUGCACACAGGAUGUCAUGCAACUGCUCGCGAUGGUUUAUAAACACGGGUUUCUGAAUAGACUGGUGGUUGAUGAGGCCCAUUGCAUAUCAGAAUGGGGACACGACUUCCGGGAAGAGUACAGAAAGCUAGGGACUUUUCGAGACAACUUCCCCCGUGUCCCCGUCAUGGCUCUGACGGCGACGGCAACGGACAAUGUACGGGACGAUAUUCUUUGCAGUCUCAAAAUGGUCGAGGACCGUCUAUACACGGCUAUCCAUCCAGCCAAUCGUGCCAAUCUCUUUUACGAGAUACGGUACACGUCCGGCCAAGAUUCCCUUGCGCGAAAGUCAGAUAUAUUCGAAUUUAUCAGUACGUUAUACAAGCGUCGUGGCCGUCCAUCAUCUGGGAUCAUAUACUGUCGACUGCGAAAUAUGUGUGACGAGCUAUCGCACUUCUUGAGAGCAAAAGGUCUCAAAGCCAGCUCUUAUCACCGUGGAAUCAAGUCGUCGGAGCUUGACGAGACGUUGAAACAAUGGCAGGCCGGGGGAGCGGAGAAAGGCAAUGUCGAUGUGGUUUGUGCUACCAUUGCAUUUGGGAUGGGUAUCGACAAGGGCGACGUCCGUUACAUCAUACAUUAUGACCUCCCCAAGAGUUUCGAAGGGUACUACCAGGAAACGGGUCGAGCAGGUCGCGAUGGUUUGCCAUCGAGAUGUGUUUUGUACUACACACGAGAAGACGCCUUGCGGGUGCGCGGUCUCUUGUCAAGAUCACAUGCAAAAAGGCAAGAUACUGCCAGAAUGAUCGGUGCUCCAGAACCCAGCCAGCGGACUGGAGACAGUUUCCAAGGGCUCGUCGAUUACGCCGAAGAUACCACAACUUGUCGGCAUGUUUUGAUAUGCAAAUACUUGGGUGAAACGAUUGAUACUGCGGAUGAGGGGCUGAUGAAGAGUUUAUGUGACAAGAUGUGCGAUGUUUGCAGAUACCCAGGAAAGGUGCGGCAACGCAAGGCAAAUCUCUCCAGCGUCGACACCUCUGCUUGGAUGGAUGACGGUUACGAAGACGAAGAUGAACUGGCUGACUAUUUUCAGUUCCCAGCUGAUCAGACGGCUCGAGAAGUGGAAGAGUCACGCUCACCCGCUUCCCACAACAUCAGCAUCAACACCGAUGCCGGAUCUGUCGGUUUCCAAAGUGCUAAACGAGCAUGUAGUGGCGGGGAGGUGCUUCCCGACUCGAAGAGGAUGAAACACAGCGUGCCGAAGCCUCCCGUGCCUCUAGUGACAAGGGCGUAUAGCUCUGCUAGCAGCCUCAAGAAACCAUUCAAAGUGCCGUUUAGAACGCCAUUCAAGGCUAGUUCAGAGACUGCCAAAGUCGAUCUUCAAUCUUGCAACAUAGAUAAUGGUGGUGCUGGCGGUUCGCUUGCUCAGAAAGAUGAAGAUCUGCCAGAUUCAGAUGACGUGCAGAUGUCGAACACUGCGGAAGAGUACCGUGGAAGUAACGACAGCAACAUCGAGAGUUUGAGCCAACCUACCGACCAACCACCACUCCCAGAGGUAGCCGUCGAGCUCGAAGCCAACUUCUCGCAGAAGAUUCCACUUCCAGUGCGCAUGAAAGCGUUUGGCUCCAUAUGCAAAGCCUUGUAUCAGGUACUAAGCGACGGCAGCUGUUGCAAUAAAUUUCAGGGGUCCGCCCUACCCACUAAUACGGAAGCAAGAGCAUCUGUGCUCGCAAAUGCCGCGAAAACCAUCGAAUUCUGUGCACAGACAAUGUCGGCGACGCGAUCUGGAUACGAUGACCGAGUGAACCAGAAGCUGCGUGCGAUACAGAGAUUGGGAGCCGUAACGGACAAGGUCGAUGGGGACGGGGACGAGGACGAGGACGAGACGGAUGUAGUGUUGGCUGUGAAGGAAGCGUUGGAUGAAUGGACAACGCGACAGGUUAGAGAAUAG